AUGGAGAGGCAUAAGUGUAAGCUUUGCAUGAGGAGCUUCUCCAAUGGCAGAGCGUUGGGGGGUCACAUGAGGUCUCAUAUGAUGAACCUUCCAAUUCCUGCAAAACCAGAACUUGAGGAGGAGGAAGAAGUACCACCAGGUAGGAACCAGGACCAAGUCCAGCUUCUCAUUGAUGAACUUGCAGAGUCUGCUUCAGCUUCUUCAUCUUCUUCUGAAGAAGAAGAUGAACAUGGGGAGGAAGGGGAAGAAGGGGAAGAGGGUAUGUUUUAUGGGCUCAGAGAGAAUCCAAAGAGAAGCAUAAGGCUAGUAGAUCCUGAGUUUUCUUUUGCUGUGGAUGCUGGCUCUGUUGUUCUUCAAGAUAGAGAGAGUGAGACUGAGUCGUCUAAGAACCCAACUCGGAGACGAUCCAAAAGGACUCGGAAAUCCGCCAUGUUAGAGCUUCAUCAUCAAUACCAACACCACCAUCAAAAGCUUGAAGCUUUGAAGAAAAUUAAGCUAAAAAACAAAGUCAUUAGCAGCAGCAAGACCGAUUCUUUCGAGCCCGAACCGGUUAGUUCAAUUUCUGAUGCCACCACAGAAGAAGAUGUUGCCUUUUGCCUCAUGAUGCUCUCAAGGGACAAAUGGAAAAAACAAGACCAACAACAUCAUCAACAUCAUCAACAACAACAUCAACACGAACAAGAACAAGAUCAGGACGAUGAAGCUGAAAGAUCAAUGGAGGACAGUGAUGAAUCCGAGGAACAGCUGGUGAAGUUUCCAAGAACUAGAACUACUCGAGGGAAGUACAAAUGCGAAACAUGCAACAAAGUGUUUAAAUCCUAUCAAGCUUUAGGUGGGCACAGAGCCAGCCACAAGAAAAUCAAAGCUUCCAAUCCUAACCCCAUCUAUGAUCAUGAAUUGGAGCAAGAAAAUAAUGCAGGUGCUUCUUCUGUAGCAGAAAGGAAAACCCAUGAAUGCCCAGUUUGUUUUAGAGUCUUUUCAUCUGGUCAAGCUCUUGGUGGGCACAAAAGAUCCCAUGUGACUGGUUCAGCAGCAGCUGCUGCUACCCAUGUGAAAAAUUUAAACAAGCUUGGUGACAAUUUGAUAGAUCUUAAUCUUCCUGCUCCUGUUGAAGAUGAUGAGAUCAGCCAAAUUGAGCUAUCUGCAGUUUCUGAUGCUGAGUUUGUGAACCCCAUUAGAAGAUGA